CCCCGCUGACGAAAAACCCUAGAUUGGCCUGUGUUAGCUCGAGCAGUGCCAUCAAUGGCGUAAGCUUUGGAAGUGCGGGAAGGUUGGCAUUGAUCGAUUGUUUGGAUAGCUCGGAGGACGAUGCCUCUAUUGGAUGCACUGAACUGGAAGUGGGAGAACGCCACUGCCGGUGCUGUCGCUGGUUUCUCCACUGUUGCCAUUCUCCAUCCUCUCGAUGUUGUUCGCACCAGAUUCCAAGUGAAUGAUGGACGAUUGGCCAAUCUUCCGUCGUAUAAGAACACAGGACACGCCAUUUACACUAUCGCACGUACUGAGGGCAUUAGGGGGCUUUAUGCGGGUUUUUUUCCAGCAGUGUUUGGAUCAUCUGUCUCAUGGGGCUUAUACUUCUUCCUCUAUGCUAGAGCAAAAAGUAGGUAUUCCAAAGGAAGUGAUGGGCCACUCUCUGCAGGCUAUCAUCUCAUUUCGGCAGCAGAAGCUGGUUCUUUGGUAUGCUUGUUUACAAAUCCUAUUUGGCUUGUGAAGACAAGGUUGCAGCUUCAACCUUCCCUUCAUCAGAAUCGGUCAUAUUCUGGUUUUUAUGAUGCUAUAAGGACCAUAUUGAAAGAAGAAGGAUGGCAUGCAUUUUUUAGAGGGGCUGCACCUGGACUUAUUCUUGUUUCUCAUGGUGCAAUACAGUUCACUAUAUAUGAGGAACUUCGGAAAUUGGCCAUCCAUUUUAAGAGAAAUAAAAGAACAGAAAACUCAGAUGGUGAUAUACUGAAUUCAUUUGAUUUUGCUACAAUUGGGGCGACUUCUAAGAUUGCUGCUAUGAUGCUUACUUAUCCAUACCAGGUGAUUCGAGCCCGCCUACAGCAAAGACCUAAUUGUGAUGGGACCCCAAAGUAUUUAGAUAGUUGGCAUGUUAUGAGGGAAACUGCCCGGUAUGUAGUAGCAAUCAUUUACUUGAGAAAGUUCUUUCUUAUUGAAACACUGGCUUCUUAAUGCAAGACCCAAAUUCUCCUUAAAAAAUGCCUUUUGCCAUGUAGAUAAAUUUUCUCAAUAGCCUCUUUUUGUAGCUGUCCUUUUUAGCAUUUAAUUCUUCC